AUGUCAGCCUUCUCCCGUCUACAGGUGUCCAGGACCAUUGUACGUGGCCUAGGGGAGUUGAGACCAUUAACGUUCAGAGAGAAGACCUUCAGACCCAUAGGGGAGGCCGGAUUUGACAAGCUCUCAAGUUCCGCUGAAAAAACCUUGAAAAAUUUUGAACAGGGCCGGUCGAGUCAGGGGAAGAAAAGAGGAAAGAGGAGAGAAGGAGAGAAAAGAAAGGAGAAAGGAAAAGGACAGAAGAACAAGAAGGAAAGGAAAAACAAGAAAAGAAGGCCUGAACAGACCAGAACCCCUUGUAGACAGGUUAGAGCGCAGGAGGUUAAGGAGCAGGAGGUUCCAGCGCUAGAAGUUACAGAGCCGGAGCCCAAACCAAUACCAGUUAUGAAACUGAUGGAUCCAUUUAUUAAAGUGGAAGAUGUCAGCCGCCACUACAGACCAUUGUUUGGGCUUCGCCUUAUAUUUGAGUGUCCCUAUGGCCCUAGUCACCCGAUGGACACCAAGGAAAGUGAGCAUAAGACCACAGCUCACCAGGGCCCCACCAAGAUGCCAGGGUACUGCGAAUGCUGCAGGUGCAUCUACCCUGAUCUGGAAGAACAUCUUGAAAGCCCUCAGCACAAAAACGUUGUGGAGGGCCAAGAUUACAAGGCCCUGGAUGACCUUAUUGCCACCCUGUGCGCGGACUGGGAGGAGCACUGA